ACAUUUUGAACAAAUGGAGUCAUAUAACACAUGGUCCUUUGUGACUGGUUCUUUUCACUGAGCAUGUUUUCAAGGUUUAUCCACAUUAUGUGUGAGUACUUCCCUUUUAUUGUGGAAUGAUAUUCUGUUGUAUGGGUAUAUCACAUUUUAUUUAUCUAUUUAUCUGUUGAUGGACAUUUGGGUUCUUUCCACUUUUUGGCUAUUAUGAGUAAUGCCUUUUAUGAACAUUUGUGUUUCUGCAUGUGCAUUCAUACAUACACUAACAUACACACCCCUUUAAGUGCUAAAAGUGGUUAAGUUUGGUGAUUGCUAUUCUUUUUGCGUCUUUGUGUUUUCUCAUCUCUUUACAGUAAGUCCUAUGUAGUAAUACAGAUUCAUCAUGUGAGAUGAUGACAUCUGCCUGUUCCUGAGCACAGGGAGUCAGCAUGACUCUCAGCGCCUGCUCCUUCCUCCCUGCUGCUCAUAGGGACACAGCAGCAGGAAUAAUACCAAUAAUUUGUGCCACUUAUUCUGCAUACCCCUGCCUUUGUUCUGGGCCUCCGAGCUGUGAGCUUUGUCUGAGGCGGGGGCUUGUCUGAAUCCAGGGGCAGGAAGAACUGGGCGCUGUUCACCUUGUUUACCUGGAGGCUGCCUGUAGGCUCGGGUUGCUAAGUGCACCGUCAUUUCUUGACCAAAAUUGUGGUCACUGUUCCUCUCAAGGGCUGGGGGAAGAAGGGGUGGAUUGAUUCAGCCCAGAGGAAGGGCUUUUGAAGGGCGGAGCUAAGGUUGAAGAAAGGAGAACCCUUUAAAUACAGGGCCCCCUCUGGCCGCCCAGCAGUGCCCCUUCGACCUCCUGCGUGUCUGUGACAAGGAGCCGGAGACUGAGGAGAUGAUGGAGCCCGAGGAGUACAGAGAGAGAGGAAAAGAGAUGGUGGAUUACAUCUGCCAGUACCUGAGCACUGUGCGGGAACGCCAGGUGACUCCAGACGUGCGGCCGGGCUACCUGCGGGCCCAGCUGCCCGAGAGUGCACCUGAGGAACCUGAAAGCUGGGACAGCAUCUUUGGGGACGUUGAGCGAAUCAUCAUGCCUGGGGUGGUGCACUGGCAGAGCCCCCAUAUGCACGCCUAUUACCCAGCUCUCACCUCUUGGCCGUCACUGCUGGGAGACAUGCUGGCUGAUGCCAUCAACUGCUUGGGAUUCACCUGGGCUUCCAGCCCUGCGUGCACGGAGCUGGAGAUGAACGUCAUGGACUGGCUGGCGAAAAUGCUGGGACUCCCGGAGCACUUCCUGCACCACCACCCUGGCAGCCACGGGGGAGGCGUCUUGCAGAGCACAGUCAGUGAGUCCACUUUGGUCGCCUUGCUGGCAGCAAGAAAGAACAAAAUCUUGGAGAUGAAAGUGUCUGAGCCCGAGGCAGACGAGUCCUCCCUGAACGCUCGGCUCAUUGCCUAUGCCUCUGACCAGGCUCACUCCUCCGUGGAGAAGGCUGGGCUGAUUUCUCUUGUGAAGAUGAAGUUUCUGCCUGUGGAUGACAACUUCUCGCUCCGAGGGGAAGCCCUGCAGAAAGCCAUCCAGGAGGACAAGGAGCGGGGCCUGGUGCCUGUCUUUGUCUGUGCAACCCUGGGGACCACUGGAGUCUGUGCAUUUGACUGCCUGUCAGAGCUGGGCCCCAUAUGUGCCAGGGAAGGGCUGUGGCUCCACAUUGAUGCUGCCUACGCGGGCACAGCCUUCCUGUGCCCCGAGUUCCGGGGGUUUCUGAAGGGUAUUGAGUAUGCGGAUUCCUUCACCUUUAAUCCUUCCAAGUGGAUGAUGGUGCACUUCGACUGCACUGCGUUCUGGGUCAAGGACAAGUACAAGCUGCAGCAGACCUUCAGCGUGAACCCCAUCUACCUCAGGCACGCCAACUCAGGCGCAGCCACCGACUUCAUGCACUGGCAGAUCCCCCUGAGCCGGCGAUUUCGCUCUAUUAAGCUCUGGUUUGUGAUUCGGUCCUUCGGGGUGAAGAAUCUUCAAGCACACGUCAGACAUGGGACUGAAAUGGCUAAAUACUUUGAAUCUCUGGUCAGAAAUGACCCUUUCUUUGAAAUUCCUGCCAAGAGGCACCUUGGCCUGGUGGUUUUUCGUCUAAAGGGUCCUAACUGUCUCACGGAAAGUGUGUUAAAGGAAAUAGCUAAAGCUGGCCGUCUCUUCCUCAUCCCGGCCACUAUCCAGGACAAGCUGAUCAUCCGCUUCACUGUGACGUCCCAGUUCACCACCAGGGAUGAUAUCCUGAGAGACUGGAAUCUCAUUCAACAUGCUGCCACUCUCAUCCUGAGUCAGCAUUGUACUUCCCAACCUGUCCCUCAGGUCAGGAACCUCUUCCCCCAAACCAGGGGCCCCCGAGCCCUGACCAGUGGCAGGUCCCUUCAGGCUGUCAGUGGGGCAGAAGAUGACCUAGCCCAGGCCAGAAGGGUCAUCAAGCAGCCUCAGCGUGUGGGAGCCAGUCCUGGGAGAAGGGAAGAUGGCCGUUACCUCGAAACUCUGCUGGACCCCCUGGAUGACUGCUUUAUAGAAGAGGCCCCGGAUGUCACCAAGCACAAGCUGUCAUCCUUCCUGUUCAGUUAUCUGUCUGUGCAGAAUAAGAGGAAGGCAGUGCGUUCCCUCAGUUGCAGCAGCGUGCCUGUGAGUGCUCAGAAGCCACUGCCCGCAGAUGGCUCUCUGAAGAAUGGGGGCUCUUCCAGGGUUAAAAUCUUCUCUAGGUUUCCAGAAGAGAUGAUGAUGCUGAAGAAAAGUGCCUUCAAAAAAUUAAUCAAGUUCUACAGCGUCCCCAGCUUUCCUGAGUGCAGCUCUCAGUGUGGGCUCCAGCUGCCCUGCUGCCCUCUGCAAGCGAUGGUUUAGGCCAGGGGUUUCAGCCAGAGUUCAUGGGUAUGUUUCAGGGAGUCUCUUGAGCCCCUCAGAAUCGUAUGCUGAAUCUGUGUGCUUAUGUGUGUGUGUGCAUUUUUCUUGGGUGACAGCCCAUAAUUUUUAUCAGAUGCUCAGAGGGGUUUAUGACCCACCAAAGGAUACAAGUGAAGAGUUUAAGCCAGCAUGGUCCAGAAGGCCCUAGCCAUCUGGUCAGAGAAAAACAGUUCAGGGGGAUAUAUUGGCAGGCAGCUUCUGUGGUUCAGCUUGUGAUAUGAAAUGCCAUGUAGAAAUAAAUUGUGCUUGUCUGUGAAAAAA